AAAAUCCAACUCCCAAGCCCAAUCAACUUCCAAAGAGACAAAUCCGCUUUGCUAUGUGUCUAUCAGAAACAAGUGAGAGUCGCACUCAAUUCAACUGCCGGAAAACGCAGCCGGAGUUGCUCAUCGCCGGUUGGAAAGCCAACAGUAUCGGUUCUGUGUUUUUCAUAUCCUAAUUCAGUGUGAGCAAGCUAUUCUUGGAAACAAAAAGCUUUGGAUGAUUUGAAGUUAUUGGGUAUAACAUGUCUGAGAAUCCGGUACAGGCCUUAUUUCAUAACUUUGAGCAAGUCGCAAAUUUUGUUCAACACCAUGCAUCUAAUUUUAUAGGCAAUCUCCAAUCAUCAGGACCCUCUAGUAGAGGCUCCGUCAAUGCCUCCAUUAAAGUUCCAUUUGCAAAAACUACAUCUCCUGUACAACCUAUUGAUCCUGUUCUCAAGGGUAAGUCCUCUUCCCCAGUGACUAAAGAAGAUCUUGGCAGGUCAACAUGGACUUUUCUUCACACUCUUGCUGCUCAGUAUCCAGAUAAGCCUACAAGACAACAGAAGAAGGAUGUUAAAGAACUGGUACAGAUCUUGUCUCGAAUGUACCCUUGCAUGGAAUGUGCAGAUCACUUUAAAGAAGUUCUUAGAUCAAAUCCUGUUCAGGCUGGGUCACAUGCUGAAUUUUCGCAGUGGCUAUGUCAUGUGCAUAAUGUCGUCAAUAGAAGCAUUGGCAAACCGGUAUUCCCAUGUGAACGAGUUGAUGCAAGGUGGGGAAAACUGGAGUGUGAGCAGAAAGCAUGCGAAAUUAUUGGAAGUACAUCAAUUUUUGGAAAGAUGUAGUAGAAAUUUAUUUUAACGAAAUAAUAGGAACUAAGAAUUUAAUUUCUAUACAUAGACAGUGUAACACUUUUUUACACGUGCAUUCAAUCAAAUCACGACAUGUAGAUGUAGAUAUUUUGAGAUAUUUUAGGAACAAACAUAUAAAAGUAACAAUAUGAUUUGAUUGGAUGUAUGUGUAAAAAUAUUUUACACCGUUAGUGUAUAGCAAAUAAUCUCAUACAAGUAUUGAGCAUCCUUUAUGAUUCUAAUGUUGAUUGAAAGAAAAGAAAGAAAGAAAAUAAAUUGAAGUGAUAUUGUUCCCAAUGCGAGAUUAAAUUCCCAAUUUAUUAGUAGACCAGUAUAUCAUCAAUUUAAUAAGUUUAUUGUA